AUGGCGAAGAACAACGUAGCUAUAAAGAAAGCACAGGCCCAGAAAGCAUCCAGAGCCGGAUCUUCUCAUGAGAGCAAUAUCUCUCUUGCACCCAAGCCGAUAAUUUCUACUAUUCACGAAUUGAAACAGGCUUUAAAUACUACAAUUAAUGAUUAUUUUAGCACACUCACGCCGAAACUCAAAUUGAUUGACAUUUUCCUCGUUUUCCUUGUAGCUUUGGGUGUUUUACAGUUUAUUUAUGUUUUAUUGAUUGGUAAUUUCCCAUUCAAUGCAUUUUUGGGUGGGUUCGCUAUAUGUGUUGGACAAUUUGUACUUUUGGUUAGUUUGAGGUUACAAAUCAACGAUGGCCAAACUAAAAAGGAAACCACUGAAGAAGAAAUCGAUAUUGUCAUUGACAACAAGGGAGAAAUUGAAGAGAUUGAUGUCGUUGAAGCGAAAAUCGUGGAAAAAGAAAGGAUAUUUGAGAGUAUCACACCAGAGAGAGCAUUUGCUGAUUUUUUAUUUGCCAGUUUGAUUUUGCAUUUCAUUGUUAUUCAUUUUAUUAAUUGA